UAUAAAGGACCGGGCGUGCGGUGCACCCUCAGCGCCCACUGCCUCCUGUCUCUCCAUCGGUGCUAACUGCUCACUGCCUCUCCUCUCUCCCAGGCACUAUGGCCACCUGCAGCCGCCAGUUCACGUCCAGCUCCAUGAAGGGCUCCUGCGGCAUCGGCGGCUCCAGCCGUGUCUCUUCCUGCCGGGGCCCCAGCACCUACGGGGGGCUGUCGGUCUCCUCCUCCCGCUUCUCCUCCGGGGGAGCCUGCGGGCUGGUGGGCGGCUAUGCUGGCAGCUUUAGCAGCGGCAGCAGCUUCGGUGGAGGAUACGGUGGUGCCCUUGGCAUCAACUUUGGAGGUGGCUUUGGUGGUGUCGAUGGUGGCCUCCUCGCUGGCAACGAGAAGGUGACCAUGCAGAACCUCAACGACCGCCUGGCCUCCUACCUGGACAAGGUGCGCGCCCUGGAGGAGGCCAACGCCGACCUGGAGGUGAAGAUCCGCGACUGGUACCAGAGGCAGCGGCCCAGCGAGAUCAAGGACUACAGCCCCUACUUCAGGACCAUUGAGGAGCUGAAGAGCAAGAUCAUCACGGCCACCAUGGAGAAUGCACAGUCCAUCCUGCAGAUUGACAAUGCCAGGCUGGCUGCCGAUGACUUCAGGAGCAAGUAUGAGCACGAGCUGUGCCUGCGCCAGACGGUGGAGGCCGACAUCAACGGGCUGCGCAGGGUGCUGGACGAGCUGACCAUGACCCGCUCGGACCUGGAGAUGCAGAUCGAGAGCCUGAAGGAGGAGCUGGCCUACCUGAAGAAGAACCACGAGGAGGAGAUGCUGGCCCUGCGCGGCCAGACUGGCGGGGACAUCAGUGUGGAGAUGGACGCAGCCCCCGGCGUGGACCUGAGCCGCAUCCUGAACGAGAUGCGCGACCAGUACGAGCAGAUGGCGGAGAAGAACCGCAGGGAGGCCGAGGCCUGGUUCCUGAGAAAGACCGAGGAGCUGAACAAGGAAGUGGCCUCCAACAGCGAGCUGAUCCAGAGUGGCCGCAGCGAGGUCUCAGAGCUCCGCAGGGUGUUCCAGGGUCUGGAGAUCGAGCUGCAGUCCCAGCUCAGCAUGGUAGGAAGGCCCAGAAAAGCCCCGUCCCCGGAAGUGGGGCCGGAGGGACAACAGACCCACGGCAGAGAAAGCAUCCCUGGAGAACAGCCUGGAGGAGACCAAGGGCCGCUACUGCCUGCAGCUGUCGCAGAUCCAGGGCCUGAUCGGCAGCGUGGAGGAGCAGCUGGCCCAGCUGCGCUGCGAGAUGGAGCAGCAGAGCCAGGAGUACAAGAUCCUGCUGGACGUGAAGACGCGGCUGGAGCAGGAGAUUGCCACCUACCGCCGCCUGCUGGAGGGCGAGGACGCCCACAUCUCCGGGGGCCAAUCCUACUCGUCCAGGGAAGUCUUCUCGUCCUCGUCUUCAUCCUCAACCUCGCGCCAGCCCCGGCCCAUCCUCAAGGAGCAGAGCUCAGCCAGCUUCAGCCAGGUCCAGAGCUCCCGGAACUGAGCCGCCUGCUGCCUGCCGCCUGCAGCCCUCAGCCGCCCACAGGGCCGGAGGCGGACCCUGAUCCCUGCACAGUCCCGCUCUCCCCGCUCCCCUCCGCUGGUGCCGGGCUAAUAAAGCUGCUUCUAGUUGAUGCAAACGGAUCAGUGUCUUGUCCUGGAAUUGACGUGGGGGGAGUUGGCAGGGAGACUCUGGAAGCUGGAGGGUGCAGCAGAGGGAGGCUGUCUCAGAAGAGCCCGGAGGUCUUGGGGAAGACUUCUGGUCCUCCACUGGGGAGCUUGGGACUCAGGAAGGGACCCGCAAGGGGCUCUUGCCGUUCCCUCCCCAGCUCAUCUGGGGUUGACGGGCUCAGGGGGUCAGGGAGGCCGAGCACCUGGUGAAGACGCGUUCAGACA